GAGUAGCCGAGUGACUAUGAAAAGCUUGUAAACGCCAUAGAAACUGGUUUAACUCUAACCAUCAUCGACAGCCUCAACAAGACAGCAGUUUACACCCAGCCAAAGACAGAAUGAGCACUGACGGAACCAGGAACCCACCUCCGUAUAUCAUACCAAUAGAGGGUGAAAAGGGCUCCAACGUCAAGGUCUACAAUGUGCACACUCCGUUCACGCCACAAAGCUCCACUAUUAGAGAUCCUGGAAUCCAGAUGGAAUCAGCCAGACCUGUUCAAUCAACGGAGACCAAAAACAAAUUCGUCAGCUAUGAAUCAUAUGAGCUGGGUCGCAAUCCAGGAAUGGCCACCUGCACAAGCUGCCAACAGCAGGUCUUAACCAAUGUCACCUACAAAGUGGGAGUUUACGCCUGGUUGAUGUGCUUACUCUUCAUCCUGUGCGGGUUUGUUUUGUGCUGCUGUCUGAUUCCGUUCUUCAUGAAGUUUUUCAAAGACGUCUAUCACACAUGCCCGAAAUGCAAUAAGAUCCUGCACAUUGAAAAAAAGCGAUGCUGCUAACCCCAUCCCGUCCCUUCUCCAAUUUAAACACCACUCAUGGAUUUGUGUGGCACCUUACACUACAUGAAGGACUGGAGGACACUUUCAGGCCAAUGCAGACGCCAUCUAGUAUAACGUCUUUUAAAGCUUUGCGAUCUUUGAGAACCUUUUGGUUUUCAUCUGGCUUAGGCUUUAUUACAUUAUAUUACAUAAUACAUUACAUUAUGAAAUGAAUAUGAAUAGUCUACAUAGUUUUGAUUGUAUAUCUAUAGGACUCUAAGGGCUCAGAGGGCUGAGGAGUUUGUGGAACCAUAAAUGACGUGAUGUAGUUAUCAGUAAUUUGGGCAUCGACUGCACCAUUUAAAACAGUUGUUCUCAACCAAGCCAACUUCAAAUGGACUUUAAGAUGACUUAAAAAUGAUAUAAAUUAAGACGAUGCAAUAAUUGAAAAGUAAAACAAAAAAAACUAAAAAGCAAGAUAUUUAUUUUCCGUUUACUCUAACAACUUUUUUUGUAUUAUUCUUUGAAGAACCGGGGUUCCCACAUAAAGGUUGUUGGUAUUGAUGGUUCUUGGUCAUGAAGAACC